AUGGAGAUUGAUGAAGAUGAAAAGGAGGAGGAAGUUGCACGGAAGGAAGAAGAACAAUUGAGGACUAAGGUACUGAAGCGGAAGAUUACCUUAGAGGAACAAAUUCCUAUACCUUUCCUUACGUUAGCUAAGAAGGCCAAGAAGCAUGAGGAGCUUGAUCCCAACAUAGUACAAAUCUUCAAGAAUGUUGAGGUAACUAUUCCGCUUUUUGAUGCCAUACAUCAAGUUUCGAAAUAUGCUAAGUUCCUUAAGGACGUGUGCACUCAUAAAGAGAACAUUGGUGGACUAGGGGUGAAUCCUCUAGGAAAUUCUAUUUCUUCUGUGAUGGAAGAUUUUCCUGAAAAAUAUGGUGAUCUCGAUGCUUGCUUAGUAUCUUGUAUGUGCAACUUAGGAGCAUGUGUAAGCGUCAUGCCACUCUCGAUUUAUGAGGAGUUGAACCUUCUACUGUUGAAGAGAUCUGGAGCUAGGUUUGUGCUUGCGGACAAGAGUAUAAUCUCAGUUGUGGGUGUUGCUGAAAACAUGCUGGUGAGAAUUCAAGACUUAAUCUUUCCAGUGGAUUUUCAUAUCCUAGAAACACCUCCCAUCAAUUUGGAUAGGACAUCCUCCAUCUUACUUGGGAGGCCAUUCUUGAAGACAUCCCGGUUUAAAUUAGAUGCAUUUGUAGGGGAUUAUUCAUUUGAAGCUAAAGGGAAGGUGGUGCAGUUCAAUUUGGAGGAAUCUAUGAGGCAACCUUUAGGAGUUCACUCAAUUUUUGGUUGUGACAUUGUUAAAGAUGAUAUAGUUGAAGAAAAAACUGGAAGUGAUGAUGAGAUAAGUGUCAGUGGAGACUUGGGUGUAGGGAGACUCAGCAAGGAAAAGGGGAAGGAUCUACAACUUCCAUACCCUGAAGCAGACAAGGCACCUAAUUAUGGUGAAAUUGACAAGUGUGAGCAUUCACCCUUGAAGGACGCUCUUCCCAAGGCCAACAAUAAAGAUAAGAUGGUGUUCCUACUUAUGGAUGCACCCAAGGGAGGAGGAACUUAA